AUGACAGCAGCUCGUCCAGCGGAGACGACGGUGGGGGCAGCAGAGGCGGCCAGCGACCUGGGCUACCUGCUGGCGCCCCUCCAUUGGACGGCCAUCAUGAGGCACCCGCGCAGCGUCGCCGGCUCAGCUCUCCUCUUCCGGCUGUGUACCCUCGUCUUGGCGGCCAUCUCCCUGUCCUUCUUCUGCUCCGAGAUCGCCGUGGUUUGCCGCCAGGGCACCGCCGACCUGGACGUCUUCACGCUGACGCUCAGCGUCUCGGACACCACCGGCACCUGGCUCGUCCGCCUGGUGCACAUCGCAAUCCGUGAGCACGACUUCCACCGGCUCGCUCUUCAGGUGGGCCAGGACUUCGCAGAGUUCCUGAGUGCGGACGACGUGCCGGUGCUGCUGGACCAGGGCCGCGCCGCUCGCCGCUUCACGCUGACCUACAUCUGGUUCGGCAUAGCCGCCUCCGCCUACUGGCUGGUCUCCCCCGUCAGCCCGGAGGGCCUGCCCUUCAUCCUCGCUCUGCCCUACGACGCGACGACUCCCCUGGGCUACGCCGUCUCGUGGCUCUACUGCACGAUAGUCACCGUGCACGUCGUCGUGAUGACCAUGGUGUUCGACGCCUUCAACAGUGCAGACGGUCUACAACAGAUUGGAAAAUUUGGCUGCUACUUGUUUGCCAUGCUUGCGGAGCUCUUCAUCUACUGCUGGUUCGGGGACGACCUAAUUACAGAAAGCGAGAACCUGGCCGUGGCAGCAUACGACGCGGUGACGUCACUGCAGGGAUGCCCCGUGUCCAUCAAGAAGUCGCUGCUGCUGCUGAUGCACCGCGCGCAGAGACCUCUGCGGAUCACUGCUGGAGGGUUCUUCCCCCUCUCCAGGGAGUCAUUCGUGGCGGUCGUCAAUGUGUCUUAUUCAUUCUUCGCGAUUCUUCGAAAUUUCAAGGAUGAAAAAGUGUAA